AUGCGACCAAUAAAAAUCGGAGCAAUUUUUCACAAAGGCGAAGAAGAUCUUCAAUCUGUAUUCUUAAGAGCAAUCUAUGACACAAAAUACGAAAACCCUACACUCACAUUUGUACUUGUACCAGUCACUAGGUACAUCGAAGGCAAUACCGAUAGCUUUAUGACUGCUAUAGCUACUUGUGAACUUCUUGAAGAAGGUGUGGCAGCCAUUUUCGGGCCUUCAAGGCGGUAUACUAGUAACAUAGUUGCGAGCAUUGCCGCGCGAUUUGAUAUACCGCAUAUCGAGUAUGUCUGGCGAGAAAGCGAACGAAAGGAAAAGCAGAAGGAGGCUUCAUCAUCAAUGACCAUAAACAUAUUUCCUGCCAGUGAACUAGUCAGCCGGGCUAUCGCUGAUGUCAUUGAUUCUAUGAAUUGGCGAAAAUUCGUAGCAAUUUACGAAACUGACGAAGGAUUAUCACGCCUUCAGAAGACUUUGAUUCUAAAAGGAAAGAAGGACAAUCCGAUUACACGUACAGCAUGGAAGCUUGAAGGACCAGAUUAUCGCUCGAUGCUUAAAAAGAUAUGCUAUUUGUAUACAGUAUGCAAUAUAAUUAUCGAUGUUAAGCCGGAAAAUAUCAUGAAAGUGCUUCAUCAGGCAAAGGAAGUCAAUUUACAAGCACGUUAUUCAAACUUCGUUAUUUCAUAUUUGGAUUCAUCUAUACUACCGAUUGUCAAGAUGCUAAAUGGUACCGUUAAUGUCACUGGACUGAGCAUAAGAGAGAAUGAUGACAUAGAAGGAAUUGAUUGGCUAGAUUCAGCGGUCCUCUAUGACGCAGUAUUUUUGUUGUAUAAAGCAUUAGAGACUCUAAAUGCAAGAAAUAUUGAAAAUGAAGAAUCUAUAUCCAUUGAUCCUAUACCACUUUUUUGUACUAAUGGUAAUAAAAAGUAUCAAGUAGGAUCUAAUAUUACUAGCGUUAUGAGAGAGAUAUCAAAGAAAGGAAAGAUAACAGGCAUUAUGUCCAUUGAUGAAUACGGUCGUCGACAAGAUUUUAAUGUAAAAAUUUUAAACUUUCGACAAUCGGGUAUGAUACAAACGGGUCAUUGGGACUUUCAUGGUGCAAAGAUUAAGGAGGAAGUUGUCCUUAGAUACAGAUCUUUGCAACAGAAGAUAUUUAAGAUUAGUGUAAACAUAAAUGCACCCUACAUUAUGGAAGUGACUGAUGGUUCAACGCGCGGAGAAUUGAUCGAUCAAAAACGUUAUGAAGGUUAUUGCAUCGAUCUGAUUAACUAUAUAGCACAAUUUCUACGCUUUAAAGGCGUAGAAUUCCAACUCAUAACUGAUGGAUAUGGAAGUUAUGAUUCGCAAACAAAGACCUGGAAUGGUCUAAUCAGGAGCAUUCUGGAUCAUGAAUCCGAUUUUGCUAUAUCCGAUUUAACUAUAACGUCCUUACGCAAGACUGUUGUGGAUUUUAGUUUGCCUUUUAUGACCUCGGGUUUCAGCAUUAUAUUUAUCAAACCGGAGAAGAAAACGCCACCUUUUUUCCCUUUCUUGUUACCUUUAUCUACAGAAGUUUGGCUCUACAUAGCUAUUGCUUAUCUCGUCGUAUCAAUAAUGUUUUUUUUCCAGGCAAAAAUGGCAUCUCGUGAGUGGAACAAUCCGCAUCUGUGCAAUGCUGAUCCUAAAGAACUCGAAAACAAUUUUAACUUCAAAAAUUCGUUUUAUCUGACUAUUGCUUCUUUUAUGCAACGAGGAUCAAACAUACUGCCCAAAGCAUCAUCUCUGCGCAUGCUUGCUAGCAUGUGGUGGUUCUUUACUUUGACCAUGUACAGCUCAUAUACAGCGAAUCUAGCCGCCUUUCUCACUAUAGACAAAAUAGACAUGCCUAUCAAAGGAUUUGAGGACCUACCUAAACAAACAAAAAUUAAAUAUGGUACACUAAAGGAUGGCGCAAUAGCAGCAUUCUUCAAAAAUUCGAAUUACUCAACGUACAAACAAAUAUGGACUACAAUGGUGGACUCUAAGCCAAGCGUAUUCACAUCAAGUUAUGAAGAAGGCAUCGACCGAGUUAUCAACGGCAAACGACGAUAUGCCUUUUUCAUGGAAAGUGCCGCUAUAGAAUAUAAUACGGAGCGUAAAUGCGACAUAAUUAAAAUAGGCAGUUUGCUCGAAAACAGAGGCUACGGAAUUGCUAUGCCACGCAAUUCUCCAUACAGAACAGAUAUUAACCUAGCGAUCCAGAAGUUAGGAGAGAAAGGUAUACUGCAAAACUUGAAGACAAAGUGGUGGAAAAAUAGGGGAGGAGAUUUGUGCAAAAAAAAAAAAGAUGAAGUGGAAAAGGAUGCAAACACAAGCGAAUUAGGGAUGGCAAGCCUCGGAGGUGUAUUCUUCGUUCUAAUGUGUGGUUGUAGCGCUUCGUUCUUUAUCGCAAUUUGCGAAUUUCUAUGGAAUAUACGUAAAGUCGCUGUGAUAGAGAAGACCACGCUGUGGGAAGCACUAGUUGCCGAGUUGAAAUUCGCCGUGAACAUCUUCGCAAUUACGAAACCUGUUAAAAUUGUCAAGAGCAGCAGUAACAUAAAACAUAAAUUGCCAACAGUAACAUAAGUUUCAG